AUGUUUCAAAAUCCCCUGUCUUGGAUUCUUUACAAGCAGCUGAAGCGACAGAAGGUGAAGAUGCUGCAGAUGCUCUUGCAGCGCCCAGAUCUGGAUGUGAAUGCUGUGGACUCCGAAGGCGCCACGGCCCUUCAUUCCUAUGCCUUCGCUGGGCGACUGGAUGUGGUGAAGGUCCUCCUUGCCGACCCAAGGAGUUUGCCGAGCCUUUGGCAUCGCAACGCCGCCGGAUUGUCCUGCGCGGAGGUGGCCGCCAGCGAGCGCGACAAGCCGCGCGAACGCUGGGCCCCAGCACCCCUCCUGGCCAAGUACCAGGAAGUCAUCGACGCGUUGGCAAAGUGCGCCGAGGAGAAGAAGCUGGAGCUCACAGCCAGCGGGGGCUGCACCAUGGCCGUCCUUCUCUUCCGCGGUUUUCUGCUGCGUAUCCUUCUACAGGGCGGCGCGGCGAGUGGAUGGGAUCAUCAGGACUUAAAGUAUGCCACGGAGGAUUCUCGGCAGUGGCUGAAUAUUCGCCUGGCAGAUGGGUCGAACGGCCCCACGCCAGUUUAUCUCUUCGCUCAUGAGAACGGCGGUUCCGCCGACCGAUUUAGCUCAAAGUCCAUGGACCUUAUCACAGGCGCCGGCUAUGCACUGGUGAGCUGGGAGUCAAUUCCGAGCAUAUCGACAACCGCGCAUGUCGACAUCGGUUCCGCAGAUGCUCAGCUCGCCUAUGACUGGGUACGGGCGAACGCGGCCACCUACAACUUCGACCCAGAAAUCAUCGUUGUAGGGGGGCGAUCCCGGGGCAGCGUGCUCAGCUGGAGACUCGGCCACAGCGGGCGCCAGGCGAUUGCUGGUCUCUACUUCUACAACGCACUGCCGAAUGGAGCCUGGGCGUUCCCAGACAUCCUGAAUCCACUCGUUGAUGUGACUGCCGAUAGCCCGCCGCUCUACUUUGCCUACGGACCGGCACCAGAUGAUGGUGACUCCCACAACCCGGUGAAUGUCUACCCAGUUGUGUACCGCUAUGCAGACUUUGGAAUGCCUGGCUGGGUGAAUCUUUCCCACAGCAUGACAGCAGCCAAGCUUGAUCCCUUCCAUUUCUUCCCGGACUUCGUGGCAAGCUUGCGAUCGAAUCUGUCGAGGACACUGACAGGAAAUUCAACCGACACAGGCAUCCAUACGGCUGUGUCCAAGAGCGCGGCAUGCUUCAUCUCAACCAUAGCCAUGGCUCUUUCAUGCUCUGCCUGGCAGUAA